AAUGUUGUCAUUUAUAGACAAACAGGCGCUGGUAAAAGUUCCUUGAUCAACUUGAUUGCCAGGACGCAGAAGGUGCCAACAUCUGACGCCGAGGGAUGCUUCACAGAGUUCGUGCUAUUCCUCCUGCAAGGUAGACUAUCCCAUCGACUUCAACGGGUGUUCGAUACCAUUGGCAUUGAGGAAUCGGGUCUUGAAAAGAAAAGAUACCAUGCGGCAGUCGCAAACGCCUAUAGAUUCGUCAAGACGUUGGAUGCGGAAGAUGGUGUUGACCUGCUUCUGUUCUGCGUUCGCGCCUGCCGAAUCACCACUGCGCUUAGAGAAAUCACAGAUUCUCUCAUGGAUUCCUCUCACAAGAAGGUUCCCAUCGUUAUAGCAGCUACGAACCUCGAGCAGAGGAUGGAGGACUGGUGGAAGUGA